UGCCAUGCGGGGCUCCCCCUCCCCACCGGCGGCGGCGGGGCGGGAGGGCAGCGGCGCCCCAUGCGGCGGGGGCGGCCGGGCGGCGGCUGACACCAUGUGCGCCCGGUGCCCGGGGCGAGGAGCGGGGAGUAGCCAUGGCCCCCCCCGCCGCCCAGCCGGGGGUGCCGGGCGGGCGCGGCUCUAAGGUGCCCCCGGCGCGGAAGCUCCUCUGCAUGUGCAGCCUCUCCCUCUGCCUCACCUACCUGUGCUACAGCCUCAUGGGGGGCACCGGACCGGGCGCUCUGCGCUCCCCGGCCGCGCUCCCUGGCACGGCGACCCCGCGGUCCCCGGCCGCGCUCCCUGGCACGGCUCUCCCCGGGCCCCCGCGCUCCCCGGCCGGCUUCCUGGGAGGCUCCUUCGCUCCGGACCCCUCGGCGGCCCCGGCGCGGGCCGGCAACAGCAGCCAGGAGCGGGCGGCGGGGCCCUGGCCGCGGACGUCGCUGGCCCCCGGGGAGGUGAUCACGGCGCAGAGCGGAGCCUUCGAGAGGGACCCGCAGGAGUCGAGCACCACGGACGAGGAGCUGAGCCGGGCUGGCAGCCCGGGGAGCCGCGGCGGCAGCAGCAGCAGCAGCAGCACCACGCCGGACUACGGGGAGAAGAGGCUGCCGCAAGCUCUCAUCAUCGGAGUGAAGAAGGGGGGGACGCGGGCGCUGCUGGAGGCCAUCCGGGCGCACCCCGACGUGCGCGCUGUGGGCACCGAGCCCCACUUCUUCGACAGGAACUACGAGAAGGGGCUGGAGUGGUACAGGAACGUGAUGCCCAAGACGCUGGACGGGCAGAUCACCAUGGAGAAGACCCCCAGCUACUUCGUGACCAACGAGGCCCCCAGGCGCAUUCACUCCAUGGCCAAGGACACGAAGCUGAUCGUGGUGGUGCGGAACCCGGUCACCCGCGCCAUCUCGGACUACACGCAGACGCUCUCCAAGAAGCCGGAGAUCCCCACCUUCGAGGUGCUGGCCUUCAAGAACCGGACCCUGGGGCUGAUCGACGCCUCCUGGAGCGCCAUCCGCAUCGGGAUCUAUGCCCUGCACUUGGAGAACUGGCUCCAGUACUUCCCUCUCUCGCAGAUCCUUUUUGUCAGUGGCGAGAGGCUCAUCACUGACCCGGCUGGGGAAAUGGCCAAGGUCCAGGACUUCUUAGGCCUCAAGAGGAUUGUGACAGAGAAACAUUUUUAUUUUAAUAAAACCAAGGGGUUCCCCUGCCUAAAGAAGCCAGAGGACAGCAGUGCUCCCCGGUGCUUGGGCAAGUCCAAGGGUCGAACUCACCCCAAAAUAGACCCAGACGUCAUCCACAGACUGCGGAAGUUUUACAAACCCUUCAAUGUCAUGUUUUACCAAAUGACAGGCCAGGAUUUCCAGUGGGAGCAGGAAGAGAGUGAUAAGUAGACCCACAAAAUCAGGACCAAAAAAUGCUCUUUUCUUUUGAGGUGUAAAUCAUCAUUAGAGACCCAAAACUCACCCAGGGCUGGAGGCUCAGCAUCGUGAGCGCAAGGCUCCUGCACUGUCAAGGUUGCUGCCAAAGCCACCCCAUGUUUCCAGCCCUGAAACCUUAAUGGCACCAAACCUCGGGUCGCACUUGGGCUCUCCCCACUGUGACCGUGAGAAGCCAGGGGCUGGUGGGAGGAAGGAGGCAGAGGGUGCGGGACUCCUCGGGGUGCUGGGAUGCUUCGUGCCCACAUUUCGCUGCUGGCUCCCCCUCGCAGCCAGGCAAGGCAGGAGCAGCUCCUGCAGGGCUGCCUGAGCAGGAGGGUGGCCCAAAACCCAGCAGCAUGGGGUCAAACUCAUAGAUUUGAUUUCUUCUGUCCUGGCUUCUAGUUUUGCCCAAGCGGCAGCAUCAGAUCUGUUGAAGUCCAGGCUCGUGCAUUCACAUGCACACUGGUGUUUAUGUGUGGAAGGAAUAAAGCCAGUUAUGCUGCAGGGGAACUAUGUACAGAAACUUCAUUUGCACCAGAUGUUCCAAUUACCUGUUGCACUAAAACUAGUGUUUACCAAGUGCCACAAAACGCCUGGGCCUGAUUCUCCUCCAGCUGAUGGGUGCAUCCCCAUUGCUGGAAGGGAGCCCUUCCUCUUUGCUGGGAUGCUCAGUGAGGUCAGACCUGGGUCCUCCCCAAGCCCCCCCUCCUCUGUGCUGUGCCCUGCUCCGAGGUCUGGAGCCAGGUGUUCCUGGUGGGAAUGGCGGGGUGCCUGCAGGCAGAGCCAUGGGGACAGCCCCAACAAGGGCCUGGGCAGGGCUGGCUGUGGGGCCUCUGGCACUGCCCUUUGCACCUUGAAAACGAGAGCUCUCCUGCUUGUCGGUGACAGAGGGGCCC